AUGCCUCCAAUUUCCGCCUCCAAAGCUAAAAGAGACGCUAAAAAAGCUGAAAGAGAUGCUAAAAAGAAAGCUGAAGGUAAAACCAUCAGACAAUUAGGAUCUAAGAAGAAGGAUAAUGUUGAAGAAGAUGAGGCUACUGCCACUGCCAAAGAACUUGAAAAAUUGAAGUUACAACAAGAUAAAUACGGUAUCUCUGAUCGUGUCGUUACGGGUGUUUUAGCUUCUUUAGAAACUUCCAGAGAUAUUAAAUUGAAUUCUGUUUCUUUGUUAUUCCACGGUAAAGUUUUAAUUCAAGACUCUACUUUGGAAUUAAAUUACGGUCGUCACUACGGUUUAUUAGGUGAAAAUGGUUGUGGUAAGUCUACUUUCUUAAAGGCCCUUGCCACUAGAGAAUACCCAAUUCCAGAAAAUAUUGAUAUUUAUUUAUUAGAUGAACCAGCUGCUCCAACUGAAUUAUCUGCUUUGGACUAUGUUGUCACUGAAGCUCAAAACGAAUUGAAGCGUAUCGAAGAUUUAGUUGAAAAGAUCAUCGUUGAAGAUGGCCCAGAAUCCGAUUUACUAGAACCAUUAUAUGAAAAGAUGGACUCUAUGGAUCCAAGUACUUUUGAAAGUAGAGCUGCUGUUAUCUUAAUUGGUUUAGGGUUCAAUUCUAAAACUAUUUUAAAGAAGACCAAGGAUAUGUCUGGUGGUUGGAAAAUGCGUGUUGCUUUAGCUAAGGCAUUAUUCGUUAAACCAACUUUAUUAUUAUUAGAUGACCCAACUGCUCAUUUGGAUUUAGAAGCCUGUGUUUGGUUAGAGGAAUAUUUAAAGAGAUUCGACAGAACUUUAGUUCUAGUUUCCCAUUCUCAAGAUUUCUUGAACGGUGUCUGCACAAACAUGCUGGAUAUGAGAAUGCAACAAAUAACUAGUUACGGUGGUAACUACGAUUCAUACGUUAAAACUCGUAGUGAAUUAGAAACUAACCAAACAAAACAAUACAACAAACAACAAGAAGAAAUCGCACAUAUCAAGAAGUUUAUCGCUUCCGCUGGUACUUAUGCUAACUUGGUUAAGCAAGCUAAGUCUAGACAAAAGAUUUUGGAUAAGAUGGAAGCCGAUGGUUUAAUCCAACCUGUUCAACCAGACAGAGUUUUCUCGUUCAGAUUUUCACAAGUUGAUAGAUUACCACCACCUGUUUUAUCUUUCGAUGACAUCUCUUUCGCAUACGACGGUAAGCCAGAAAACAACUUAUACAAUCACUUAAAUUUCGGUGUUGAUAUGGAUUCCAGAAUUGCCUUAGUUGGUCCAAAUGGUGUUGGUAAAUCUACUUUGUUAAAGAUUAUGACUGGUGAACUACAAGCUCAAUCUGGUAGGGUUUCCAGACAUAGUCAUGUUAAAUUAGGUGUCUACUCCCAACAUUCCCAAGAUCAAUUAGAUUUAACUAAAUCUGCUUUGGAAUUCGUUCGUGAUAAAUAUCCAGAAAUUUCUCAAGAUUUCCAAUACUGGAGAGGUCAAUUAGGUCGUUAUGGUUUAACUGGUGAAGCCCAAACUGUCCAAAUGGGUACUUUAUCAGAAGGUCAAAGAUCUCGUGUUGUUUUUGCAUUAUUAGCUUUGGAAGCUCCAAAUGUUCUACUACUGGAUGAACCUACUAACGGUUUAGACAUCCCAACAAUCGAUUCUUUAGCCGAUGCCAUCAAUGAAUUCAAUGGUGGUGUUGUUGUUGUUUCACAUGAUUUCAGAUUAUUAGACAGGAUCGCAAAGGAUAUUUUCGUUGUGGAAAAUCAAACAGCUACAAGAUGGGACGGCUCCAUUUCGGCUUAUAAACAAAAGUUGGCGAAGAACGUUGUUUUAUAG